CACACGAGGCAACAGCAGUGUCCCAAGCAGACAACUUCCGGGCAACAGAUAUUUCGGUGUCUCGCUCCCGCAACACGUGGCGGACACUGACGGUUGCCGCCACUCACUGCAAAGCAUUGUUUUAAAUGGAAGCUUUCACACGUAGCCACCAGUGUCCGCCACCGCUGCCCACUGGCCAGCUUCUCAUGCUCAGUUUGACACCCACCAUCAUCCCAUGAUGGAAGGAGACGGCCUAUCAAGGACAAUUUCGAAGAAGGUGGAGGAGAAGCUGAACACGGAGGACCUCAUUUGUGAAAUAGAAAAACUACCAGCACUAUGGGACCCAUCUUGUGAGGGAUAUGCAAAUAAGAUAGAAAAGCAGAACUGCUGGAAUGCAAUAAUGGUGAAACUCAUUCCUGAUUUUGAAGAGAAACCCCUCUCAGAAAAGAAAGAAAUACUGGUUGUUGUUCAGAAGAAGUGGAAGGGAAUCCGAUCCUGCUAUGCCAGAGAGCUGUUGAAGAAGAAGCAAGAAAAGAGUGGAUCAGGUGCCUGUGGACGGAAGCAAUAUGUCUACUUUGAAGCCCUGCGUUUUCUUGAAACUGUCUCCAAACACACUGCAAGCAAUAUGGAUGAAGAGACUAAUCAGGAUAAUGAACAUGAAGACUCCCAAGAGCUAGGUCAGGAAAUGCAAACUUGGGAGACUGAGAAACGUCCUGGAAAACGUUCUCAUAACCAGUCUCGGAACACAAAAAGUACUGAUGAUGAACUCAUUGAACUCCUCAAGAAAAAAGCAUUGCGUGAGAAUCAACAGGCAACAAAUGAAAACGACGAGGAUAGGAUGUUCUUACUAUCCUUAGUAACAGAACUGCACAAGGUACCUGCAGACAGAAAAUUGAAGCUAAAGCAGGAUAUUAUUGCUACCAUUUACCAGGCUCAACAGGUGUACCAACAAUGGCCACAGGACUUUCAGCAUCAGGCACCUCCCAGAUACCAGCCUCCACAGCCAUCACCAGUUUUCCACUAUGCCCAGCAACCAGCAGUUCAUGGGGAUUAUCAUAAUUCUCUGAAUAACAUUCCUCAAUGCAGCAACACUAAUCUACAAACAACUCCUAUGUCUACACCAGCACCAUCACCAGCCAUGUCUGACAUCAGCAACCAUAUGAAUGAUAAUUAGUUAUUUCUUGCAUAGUAAGCACCUCAUUGUUUGUACUAAAUAGAACUGUAUUUGUAAG